AAAUGAGAUUAUAAAGGCAGAAGUGCAAGUGGCUGGUGUCAAACAAUGUCAUGAAUGUGAGGCAUGGAGGUGCUCAGGCACAAAUGACAGCCGGCGUGAUUCAGUAGACGACACGUCCACUUAGGAGACGGAGAAGGUUGAUGACAAGAAGAAGAAGAAGAAGAAGAAGAACUGUCAAAGAUCAAGUGAGAGUCUGACCACAGGUGGAAAAUGGCUGAGUCCAGUAUCUGUCAGGUGAGAGCAACAGUCAUGAUGUACGACGAGGCCACUAAGCGCUGGAUGCCAGUGGGAUCAGACAGUCCCUCCUUCAGCCGUGUCCAGAUCUAUCACAAUCCUGCAGCCAACACCUUCAGAGUGGUGGGCCGAAAACUUCAGGCUGACCAGCAGGUGGUGAUCAACUGCCCCAUUAUCAGAGGGAUGAAGUACAACCAGGCCACACCAAACUUCCACCAGUGGCGCGAUCACAAGCAGGUGUGGGGGAUGAACUUUGGCAGCAAAGAGGACGCUGCUUCUUUUGCAGCCUCGAUGUUGCACGCACUAGAGGCUCUCAGUGCUGCAGCAGGUCCAGCUCCAUGUGGACCCUCUGCACAGGAGCUAGAACAACAGAGAAGACUAGAGCAAACGAGGCAGGAGGAGCAGCAGCGGGAGAAGGAGCGCCUAGAGAGAGAGAAGCAGGCCUCUGCUGCAGCUUCCCCACUUCCUCCAGCUCCUCCAGCUCCCCCAGCUCCUCCAGCUCCCUCAGCUCCUCCUGCACCCCCCAUACCACCUGCCCCACCCGCACCCCCACCACCUCCAUGCCCACCACCUUCAAGUGGAUCUGGCCCACCGGCGCCACCACCACCUCCUCUGACUGGGGGCUCUGGCUCAGUCCCACCGGCACCACCCUCACCCCCUGCAGGAGGAAGUUUGGGGGGAAACAAUCUCGCUGCAGCUCUGGCCGGAACCAAACUGCGUAAGGCAAAGAAUGAGAACGACGCUGCAGCCCCCAAACCAGCACCUGCCUCGAGUGGAGGUGGAGGUGGUAAUCUAAUGGGAGAAAUGAGUGCCAUCCUUGCUAGAAGGAGGAAAGCUGCUGACAGUCCUGCUGCAAAGAAGGAAGAACCUCCCACUGGCGAUGUUGACUGCUCACCAUCAAAACCCUCAGGACUAAGAGAAAUCAAUGAAAAACCCAGGGAAAAAUGUGCCACCAUGCCAAGACCUAAAUCUUCAAGCAACAAUCGAAGGGACUCUAAUCCAUCUCCCAGCGCGUCCACUCCUCCCCCAUGUAAUGCCACCACUAACGCAUUGUCCAGGAUGAAGGUGUUGAACAAGAGCUCAGAGGGAGCAGGAACUGACCUUGACAUGGAACAAUUCAAACAGCAAAUUCUUGAAGAAGUGAAGAAAGAACUUCAGAAAGUGAAGGAGGAGAUUAUUACAGCGCUGGUCAAGGAGCUACAAAGUGCAAACCCCACAGCUGACUUCUGAACGACUGAGGAGCAACUCAGGAAAAUAAAGAAUAUUAUAUGUGAAGUUUUUAUGAUGCGAAGUCAAGGUACUCUCACAUUAGAAACCCAUAGAAUUUAUAUAUUUUUUGUUUUUGUAUUUUUUGUUUUUUAUUAAGCGAUCUCAGUAGAGUCAUCCCUGUGUUUGACUUCUUCAUAUUUCCCCAUGGUAAUGUUUUAAGCAUGAAAUUUGACGACAACUAUAUAUUGAUAUUCCAAGAAAGGUUUUCUACUGUAUUUCUUACUGCUAUCCUUAAUGAUAAUAAAUACUGAAAUAUGUUGCUUUUAAA